GCAAUGUGUCAACUUCCACCCACCACCAGUGCUGCUCAGGUGGUAGACUUUGAUAUUGAGAGGCGUAUAUUGCUGGCGACGAGCGAUAAACGCAACCAUGGCAGCAGCGCACCCGUGACCACACCUCCUUCCCUAUAAGGAAUUUGACAAAAUUCCGACGGGCGGAGCCCGUGACACCGUGCGUUUCUGAAUGAGUUCUCGGGGAGUCGAACUACAACCAGUGCAGAGAAAUCAGUACCACCGUGGAGGACGGCUGCCAACGGCAAAGUGGAUUCAUAAGGGAAGAAAACGGCUCCGUAAAAAUGGAAUACAGCGGAUUAAAGAGCAUUUUGUUUUUAAACGUAUUUAUUAACUCUAUAUUUAUUUCCCAACAAAGUAAAGAAGAAGUUCUUUUGGACAUGAAAGCAUCGGGAUCGGAGCUGGGUUGGUUGAAAUAUCCUGAGUAUAACGGGUGGGAGAUUGCCCAGUCGGCGGUGAAUGGCUCCCUGCACUACAACUACUUUGUGUGCAACGUGGAGUCGGCGGGGGGCCAGGACAACUGGCUGCGGACCACCUUCAUCCAGCGCCAGCCGGCCGCCUUCCGCGUCUUCGUGGAGCUCCAGUUCGUGGUGCGCGACUGCAACUCCUUCAACGGCGCCUCGCUCACCUGCAAGGAGACCUUCAACCUCUACGCCUACGACUCGGACGUGGACGUGGGCACCAACUUCCGCAAGCCGCACUUCCGCAAGGUGGCCACCAUCGCCGGCGACCAGAGCUCCAAAACCGGCGAGCUGAACAUCAACACCGAGACGCGGAUCGUGGACAACCUGAGUCGCAAGGGCUUCUACCUGGCCUUCCAGGACAUCGGGGCCUGCGUGGCGCUCUACUCCGUCAAGGUCUACUACAAGAUCUGCCCGGCCGUCGUCAAGAACCUGGUGUCCUUCCCCGACACGGUGGCCGGAGGGGACAAACAGAACCUGCAGCAGGUGGAGGGCCAGUGCGUGGAGAACGCCGUCAGCGUGAGCGAGGAGAAGCCCUCCAUGCACUGCGCCGAGGACGGCAAGUGGGUGGUGCCGCUCGGCCAGUGCCAGUGCCGGGCGGGAUACGAGGCCGUGGGCGAUGCGUGCCAAGCUUGUCCGCCGGGCUUCUUCAAAGCUGACGUGUCCAGUGAGUUCUGCCAUCCGUGUCCGGCGAACACCCUGCCGUCCAAGGCGGGGGCGGUGCAGUGCCCAUGCAAGGAGGGUUACUACCGCGCCCCUACUGACCUCCCUGGCCAGGCCUGCUCAGGUCUGCCCUCUGAACCCGUGGACCUGGUCGCCACGACGAUCCAAAACACAGUCGGCAAGGUGAGGUUGUCAUGGAGGUCCCCGGAGGACACAGGUGGCCGGGCGGACCUCACCUACCACGUGACGUGCGAGCGCUGGGAGGGCUCGGUGCCCGUGCCGUGCGAGGACCGCAUCCGGUACGAGCCCGGCAGCGUGGACCUGAAGGAGAGCAGCGUGGAGGUGAGCCAGCUGGAGGCCCAUGUCAACUACAGCUUCAGCGUGGAGGCCCGCAGCGGAGUCUCCGCCUUCAGCAGCCAACAGGCCCUCAGCUCAACCAACGUCAUCCUAGAGUUUGAAUAUGGGGGGAAGGUGAUGACCAUGCAGCUGGAUGAUCGCAGUCCCAACAGCCUCUCCCUGUCCUGGACCGUCUCGCACAAGGCCAAGUCGCGCUUCCAGCUCUCAUACCGCAAGAAGAAUAAAGAGGGAGAGACCUUCUCGUCGGGCAACUCCUACACGGUGCUGAUGCUGGAGCAGAACUCAGUGACCAUCCCCAGUCUGGACCCGGCCACCGCCUACCUCUUCAAGGUCCAGGCCCUCAACACAGACAACAGCCCCAGCAGCGACGUCAUGGAGCACGAGUUCAGCACCACAACCGAGGCUCCCAACCAGGGCAACACGUCUCUGAUCCUGGCCACGGUGAUGGGAGGAGGGGCUGUGCUUCUCAUCGUAGUGGUGGUUCUACUGGUGCACAAACGGAGAAUAAGGUCUCUUGCAAGGCAAGGCCCAGAAGACUACUACAGCCCAGAGCAACUGAAGCCGCUGAAGACGUAUGUAGACCCCCACACGUACGAGGACCCUAACACAGCCGUGCACAAGUUCACCAAGGAGAUCCACCCCAACCACGUGACCAAGCACAAAGUCAUCGGUGUCGGGGAGUUUGGGGAGGUGUACCGCGGCAUCCUGAAGGCUCCGGGCCGUAAGGAGAUCCCGGUGGCCAUUAAGACGUUGAAGCCGGGCUACAGCGAGAAGCAGAGGCAGGACUUCCUGUCCGAGGCCUCCAUCAUGGGCCAGUUCAGCCACCAGAACAUCAUCCGCCUGGAAGGAGUUGUCACCAAGUCAGUCAAACAUGCCAUGAUCGUGACCGAGUUUAUGGAGAAUGGAGCCCUGGACAAAUACCUGAGGGAUCACGAUGGGGAGAUGUCCUCCUUCCAGCUGGUGGGGAUGCUGAGGGGGAUCUCGGCCGGCAUGAAGUACCUGUCAGACAUGAGCUAUGUGCACAGGGACCUGGCUGGCCGCAACAUCCUGGUCAACUGCAACAUGGAGUGCAAGGUCUCCGACUUCGGCCUGUCCCGCGUGCUGGAGGACGACCCGGAAGGCACCUACACCACAAGUGGUGGCAAGAUCCCGAUCCGCUGGACCGCUCCCGAGGCCAUCGCCUACAGGAAGUUCACCUCCGCCAGUGACGUCUGGAGCUUUGGCAUCGUCAUGUGGGAGGUGAUGGCGUUCGGAGAGCGGCCAUAUUGGGAUAUGAGCAACCACGAGGUGAUGAAGGCCAUCAACGAGGCGUUCCGCCUGCCCGCCCCUAUGGACUGCCCGUCGGCGGUGUACCAGCUGAUGCUGCAGUGCUGGCAGCACGACCGCUCCAAGAGGCCGCGAUUCCCCGACAUCGUCAGCAUCCUGGACAAGCUGCUCAAGAGCCCGGAGUCCCUUAAGGCCAUCGCGGACUUCGACCCUCGCGUCUCCAUCCGGCUGCCCAGCACCAGUGGCUCUGACGGCUCCCCGUUCCGGUCGGUGUCCGAGUGGCUGGAGUCCAUCAAGAUGAGCCAGUACAGCGAGAACUUCUCCUGCGCCGGCAUCGUCUCCAUGGAGCAGGUGCUGCAGAUGAAGAGCGAGGAUAUCCGGAACAUAGGGGUGAGGCUUCCGGGUCACCUGAAGCGUAUCGCCUACAGCAUCUUGGGCCUGAAGGACCAGACCAGCACCCUGAGUGUGUUUGCAGUGUGAGGCAGACGGACUUCCGCAUUUUUGCAGACCCCAACUCCGACACCGACCCCCCCCUCCCUCCUGCCUCCACCACCACUAUGCCGCCUCGUAGCAGACACCCACCCCAGACUCCCACCCGCCAAGCCACCUGACCACACGCCUGCCUCCCUCACGACCGGCAGUCUGGAAGUCUGGAGCCCAGUGGCGAACCCCCGCCAGGCACUGACUAAUGAAACUCUAUGCGGCCGAGACAACACUCCAACCCCCCCUCCCUAAUCAUCCACACCACUACCAUCUUGGGCUGUAGGGACAGCUGUGUGUGUUUGGGGCAGGGGAUGGAGGUGGUGGUGGACGGGUGGGACGGAUGGACACGCUCCUUCAGCCGAUCUGCAGUGGACUUGACCUCCACACCAGGAGGUGUGAAGUGCUGCAGAUGUGAUGACACUUUGAGAGUCAAGGAAUAACGCAGAUAAAGAGUGAAACGAUGGGAAAAGAAGACGAGAAAGGAAAAAAAAGCUAUGUGUUGGACCAUGUAUAUGAGAUAUGAUAUAUAUUUUUUUAUAUUCUAUUUUUUUUAAAAGCAUCAUUUUUUUUGCUUGGUCUUAACAUGCAUGCUUCUUUUGGAAGAAGAGUAAUCAAGUUUAGAUGUUUAGGACUCUGCAGACUGUGGAGGUGAGAACUCUAGCGGGCACAUGGGGAUAUGAAAUUGGGGAUUCAUAGGCUGGCACUGCAGUGGCCGUAAAAAUGUAGAGGGCCCCCCCUUCUUCCCCCUUCCCCCCCCAAAGAAAUAAGCUUGCCAGGGACUUUUCUUAAAUCCACUUCUUUUUUUGUCAGAUCUUGAAUCUUUUUGCCGUUAUUUAAAGGGAGAUGUAAUGAAUGGUGCAAGUGGAAAUGGGAUUUCGCUCGAAGCUUUGAGGUAAUUCCGAUUAUAGAAAGUGCCUUUCGGCUCUUCUGAAAAAAAAAAAAAACGAAA